AUGGAACUAAGUGAUUCAGAAGAUGCAAAGAGCGGCCCUUCAUCUGUGGAUCUAAAGAAAGAUGCUAGAGCUCAACACAAUGCCUUGGAGCGUCGCCGCAGAGACAAUAUUAAAGAGAUGUAUGGAGCCCUGAAAGAAGCCCUUCCAGAGAUGUAUAAUGAGCGGCCACUUCCACACCACAGUAUACUAACAGGAAGUGCUAAUUGGGAUGCAACUGUCCAACUGUCUGAAAAAGCUGCCAAAGCUCAAAUAUUAGAAAAUCCUGAUUAUCGAGUGCUUCGAAGAAUUACAACGACGGCGAGACAGAAAUCGCUACUGGAGCAAGAUGGCCUUGAGAAUGGAGACGGCGGCUUCGAUAGUAAGGCGCCUGUUAAGGCUAUUAAGGAUCGCAUUGUAACUUGGAAAGAAUUUUUUGAGACCAAACUUAUUCACGAUACGCUAUCUGUUAUCCCGUGUAGAACUGAUUCGCCUGUCGAGCCUUACGUUUGUAACUGUGAAAAGGAAAUAAUCUCUGUAAUCCAUAAGCUUAAGGCCAAUAAAACUCCCGGAGAAGAAUUAUCAUUCUUAGCUCACCUUCAACAAAUCUCGCGUGCUGCUAUUCUCAAAAAGUCAAUUGAUGUAAUCACCGCUAGAUCUCAAUAUAUAGAACAAACAAGGAGGGAAGCAAACGUGUUAGAAGCAGAAAAUGCCCGAUUACUACUAGAACUGCAGGCUUUAAGAAGCGAUAAUGAGAAUUCAACUUUGGCAAGUAUUGUGCCUUAUAGGGUUAAAGCUGACGAAGAAAUGGGAGAGAGUUCAAGCAUGGGUGUGACUAAGGAAAUAUUUGAACAACAAAAAAGGCAUGAUCUUGACCCGAUUCUAACAAAUCGGCAUUUUUGGCAUUUUAUGACUGAAAAAGAGCAGUUGGAGUUUUUGAUGAAGCGCGAAGUUCAAAUUAACAGAGGUAUCGUUGCCUCCAACGAGCCUAAUGCUGGUCCCAGUUCAUUUAUCCUUCGAAAUAACGAAUCUGUAACUCACAUUCCACCACCAAAGAAAAGGAAAUUCGAUGGGAAUUCAGCUAUGUUGGGUAAUAUUUAG